CUCAACAGGUUGCUUUGCUUGGAAGUUCCAAGGAACGCUUCCAAGGAUGGUACUUGGCUACCGAAACUAUGCCGCUGACUGUCCUGUUUGAAUUGACAAUGUAUGUGCCUGAAGUGAUAAAUGAAAACUUUUAGUAUAUAAUAAUAUGUUUAUUGCACUAGCAACUGAUGUACAGUAAACUCAGAGAGGACGUUGUCUGGGGAAUACCACCAUGGCAUGCUUAUAUGGACAUGGACCUCGUCUGUUAAAUUUGGAGAAAACUCCUCCUCAUCUUCAGUUCAAUGACCUGAUCCUGACUGGCUACCGGCCCAUUUCAACUGUUCAUGGGUGUCUCAGAAGCCUUUUCUACCUGCACAAUGAAUUUGGUAACAUUUAUUCCCAUGGAAUCCCGUUCUUCUGUUUCCUUGUGCUGCUGCCUCUCAACAUCCCCUGGUCCGAUGUAGAGCAAACAUGGAUGUGUGUGUUCCACUACCUGGCCUGCUUGUCCCCCACCGUGGGCUCUGUGCUCUACCACACCUUUAUGAACCAUGAGGGCGGGGAGCCCAUUUAUGACACCCUCCUCUCCCUAGACAUGGUCGGAGUUUGCCUCGUCAACACUUUAGGAUGCCUGCCUAUUGUCUACAUCACCCUGAUGUGCUACCCUGUCAUGCGCAUCCUGGCCCUCUUUGCCUACAGCAUAAUAUCGGCCUGGGGUAUCCUCUGUGCCACCACUGCGCGAAGCAACUAUGGCCGUCUUCGUGCUUUCAUCUGGCAGGCUCUCUUCCGUCUGGUCCUCUUCUUGUUCCGUUGGCAGGGUGACGGCGUAGGCAGCCCAACUUCGCUGCAUCUUUUCUUCACCAUGGACAUGUUAGCUGUCUUGGGGGGCCUAGUGAACCUUAGCCGAGUGCCAGAGCGCUUCAGCCCUGGUUUCUUUGACUACUGGUUCAACAGCCACCAGAUAAUGCAUGUGCUGGUGAUCUGCUCCAUCAUCUACAUGCACUGGGGGAUGUUGGAGGACUUAGCCUGGAUUAAGACAUUCCAGUGUCCAGUCAUGGAGUGAAGGACAGACGUUAAGGAGGAGGAAAAGGAUUGUGGGAAGGAGCACUUAAACAUAGAAUUACCUAAAUAGUCCCAUUCAUGUCUUUAUUUGGUGAUGGGUGGACUGGCGGCCAUAAUGAAUGUACGUACCCAGAAGUGCACACAGUCAUUUUAAGGGCUUAUUUACCUUCUAGUUAUCAUGUUUCUAUGGUUGAUGAGGGAGUGAAUUUGAGGUUUUAAAACGCACUUUAGGACGAGCUGCUGUAAGGAUUACGGUUCGCCAUCCAUUGUGAACAGUUCACCCCCUGUACAGUAGAACAGUGCAGGGGUAAGAAUAUAUUGGUGCUAUUUAUGAUUUGUUCUCAAAAGGAAUCUUCCAAAUUUCUUUCAGCUACAACUUCAUUGUGAUUGACUACAUAAAAUAUUCUGUCAAACUAAAAUGAAAGCUGUGGUAUAUGAUGUACACCCAAGUGCAUAAUAUCACAAAUGUUUUCACAUUUUAACUGUUAAUUGCAUUGGUAAAAGGUUUAUAAUGGCAAUAUGUCAUAUCUCAAGGUUUGUGGUAUAUUGUCAAUAUACCAUGGCAAAGUGCUGUACCCAGGUGAUGUAUCAUGCCAGUGAACAGCUGUUAGCCAUGAUAUAGUGGCCAUUUACUGUACUCCUCAUGCCUUAUUGCUUAACUAAAAACCCGAAAUACGUACAGUGCCUGGGAGAAGUAUUCAAACCUGUUCAAUUCUCUAAUUUUAAUGUAUUACAAAUUUAGGUUACACUUUUUUUGGAUAGUCAAAAAUACCAUCUGUAGGUGCGCUACAGUUAUUCAUUCAUACCAUUAACAAAUUAUCAGAAAAACAUAAGUGCUUGCUAAGGUUAAAAUUUGAUCUUAAGAAUGAGUGUUAGUAUAAGGAUUCAGGAAAGGAUUAAGGUUAGAGAUAGGAUGAGAUUAAAGGUUAGGUGUAGUGUCAGUAGAUAGUUAAUUGAAAUGUUAUUGAUAGUCUGUUAAAGCAUCUACAGAUUCAGAUUGUCUAUCCAAAUAAAGUGUUACUGUGACGUUAGUUUAAUGUAUUUGUUAGAAAACAGCAAUAUGUUGAUAUAUGCUAGAAUAAGUAGUCAAACCCUACAAAUUAAUAUUUGGUAGAACAACCUGUUGCUGCAAUAACAGCUUCAAAGAAAAGUAUUUUCCGCUAACAAAAUAAUUGCAAUCCAUAUUGGGGUGAAUGUGAAAUAUGUUGUUUAUAUAUGCAAAAUGUUUCAAUACAUAUUAUUGUCACUCCUCCGUUAGCCAUGGCUUUAGUAAGCAUAUAUGAGCUUGGCACAGUGUCGGGUUGAUUUUGACAUAUUCUUAUUGCCAUAUUUGCUCCAGGUUGUUCAAGUUGGUUGGUUGGCUUAUGAACUGCAAAUCAAAUAUUUAAAUAGUGUUACAGAUUGUCUAUGUGAUUCACUUGAGGACUUUAACUUGGCCACAGAAGGACUCUUUAUUUUAUUAUUGAGCCACUCCAGUGCUGCAUCAACCUAUUACUUCGGAUCAUUGUCCUGCUGGAAGGUACAUUUACUCCCAAAUGUUUGUUUGACUGAAAUAAGUUAUCCUGCUGUAUUUUUGGUAUUUGCAGUAUCCCCACAGCAUAAUGCUGCCACCACACUUCACUGUAGAGAAGGUUUUGUUGAGACGUUGUUAGUGUUAGGUUCCCGCCACACAUGGCUCUAUCUUGGUCUCAUCUGACCAUAAACCCAUUUCCCACAUGACAGCUGGUUCACUUGAUGCUUUCAGAUGGUACUUUUUAAGUACAGGCUUCUUUCACACCACCCUCCAAUACAGGUCAGUUUUAUACAGAGCUGCUGAUAUAUAAAAUAUAAAACAUUUUGGUCAAGUACUAGGCAUAAUCUGUGUCCAUGGAACCAGCCUUUACUCUCCCACUUCUAAUAUUUGGUUUUAAUCAUCUUUUCCAAUUCAGUCUGACCAAUGGUCCUUCAACAGUGAUGUUUUUACCCAGAAAAUGUGACGGUAACAACGGUUCAAAGAUGGAGGUCAACGAUAAUAGUGCCCUUGUUAAGGCAAUUCAUUUCACUUGUGGAAAACGGAAGCUUUUGAAGCACAUGGGUUAAAUACUUAUGUAAGCAACCUAUUUGAAUUUGUACUUUUCUUACAAAUAUUUCCCAAAAUAAAACCAACGUUACCAUUUUUGACUGUUGAUGUGUUAAAAUAAAUGAUCCAACAGAAUGAAAUGUUAUUGUGCCAUUUGUAAUUCAGUGAAAUGAGAGAAUUUGUCAUAGGUCUGAAUGCUUUAGCACGACACUUUAUAGAAAUACAUAAAAACGUAACACCGCAUUACGAAAC